AUGACUGAUUAUCGUUUUACACUACCGAGCAAGGAUUGUCUGAGGCAUUUUCACAAUGUGGCCAAGUUGUUGAAGGUACAUCGAUUCCACAUGUUAUACGCUCUUCCUCAAAUAGUCAUGGAUAGAGUCUCUGACAGAUCCAAAGGUUUCGGUUUUGUGACAUUUGCUUCCGAUGAUGAAGCUCGCAAGGCUUUGAUGGAGUUUAACGGACAGCAAUUAAACGGCCGUGUAAUAUUUGUGGACUACGCAAAGGCGAAGCCAAAUUUUGGUGGCGGCGGUGGCUUACCAAUAGCUAGAGGACCACCUGAGCCAGUGGUAGUAGCUGACACGACAUCUGAAACAUUGAAAAGUGACGAACCGAAAUGAAAAUAUGUAGCCAGAAAGCAGAGAAAGCUCCGGUAGAUUUGUUAAUCUGAAAGCACUUUCAGAAGUGUUGUUGGUGGUUGGUUUGCUCUUAGUUUAUGUGUAGAGACAUGAGCAAGCUUCAGUAUUAGCUUUCUACUUGCUCUUUGCUUCUUUAUGAUAACUGGGAUGGUCUUUCAUUAGAUGGAAUUGUAGCAGAUGCAAUUAUCACAUCAAAAAAGAGAAGAAGUAUUACAGAAGAGUGUCAAAUUCAUCAAAUGUAUCGGUUCGAAGCCGA